AUGGGGAAAACGAAAUCGAAAAGGCGGCACAAUAAUUUGUCGAAAUCUAAGGUUUUACCACCGGAGCUAUAUUUACCACCGGAGUUAUGGAAAGAGGUACUAGCGAGGCUGGCGGUGAAAACCCUAUUAAGAUUCAGGGCUGUUUGUAGAUCCUGGUGUUCUAUGAUCGAUGAGCCUGAUUUCCUUUCGAUGCAUCUUACUCUUUUUAAGAAUAAUAUAGACAAGAAUCACUUACUUGUCAUGACUUCGGACUUCUGGGGAUACGAUAAAAUCCGAGUUCGUCUAAGAGAUAAUUUGACGACAACUACACAACUUGGGCAAAAGAGCAAAUUAUUUAAGAUUCUUGGAAACUGUAAUAGAUUGGUCUUGCUUAAAGAUUAUACGUGGAAUAAGAUUAAUAAUAGUAUGCUUUAUUUGAUAAAGCUAUGGAACCCAUCUACACAAAAAUCUAUUGUACUUCCCUCUUGUCCGGGCCUGGGCCGUAAAGACGUUGUUAUUAUUGGAUUUGUCCCUUCCAGUAAUCAAUAUAAAGUGAUUGCCUUUGAAUUUCCUUCCACAAGUUCGACGACGUUUUCGGUUUAUUCAGUUGGUGAUCAUCGCAAAACUGUUAUGAUUGAUUUUCCUGUUAUAUCUUUGCAAUCUAUGUAUUGUUAUGUAAAGUACGGACACGUGUGUGAUUAUUACUCUCAUGACGGAGCUGCACACUGGCUUGUGUCCGAUAAAAAAGACCAAAGUCAGUUGACACAUGUUCUUUCGUUCGACUUUGGUGUGGAAGGUUUCAGGUAUGUGAAAUUGCCGGUUGCUGAAGAUCCCGAAAUGGUAAUGAAUCUGUUUAUCCAAGGCGAAUCAUUGGCAGUGUUUGGUAUUUCGAAGCAGAGUAGCUUCAUUUGGGUUAUGACGUCGGAAAACGACAACCCAUGGAGUGUAUGGUUUUCAGGAGGUUCUAAUUCAGAUGGGUAUGGAUUAUUCUGUGGGGAAUUGUUAUAUAAGAGGCAAUUCCAUUAUUUAUUCCCCAGAAGACGGACAUCAUAUAAGAAGCUUUUAUUUGAUGAGAAUACAAGUAGAUUCAUUGUAGUAUACAACAAAUUUGAUGAACCAAUGUCUUAUAACAUUAUAACUCGAUCAUAA